AUGUCGGCGUCUAAUUCCACACAAAGCCUAGCAGUACCACUAAAGCAAUCCAGCAGCUCGCUAGCAAGCGGGUCUGAGUAUAGCAGCGGGUCGAAUUUGAAUGAAAGCGAAAGAGAGGUGUUAGAAGGAGAAUUGGGAAGUGUUCAUGAAAUUGUUCGAUUACCGAUACAGGAAGUUUAUGGGACAGAAGAAGCACAACAGGAGCCAGGGGCACGUCCAAAUGUAGAAAGUGAGGCUCGGCGAGAUGUGGGAGGCGGAGAUCCAGUGCCGGAUUCUGGAAAUUCGAGAAGUAGCUCCAGAAGUGUAUCGUAUAGUGAGGGAGACGAGCAGGAGCCGGAAUGUGAUGCAAAUGGGACAGUUAACGAAGAUGCAAACGACACGAUAAUUGGCCAGUACUCGGACCCGCGUGUGGCGCAGCUGGAGAAGGAAAAUGAGCGGUUACGAGUUCAGCUUCGUGAGUUUAUGCAGCAAGUAUCGCUGAAAAACGGUGAAAUCGAAAAGCUAAGAAAAGCGAUUGGUGUUUUUGAGAGGCAGCAGGAUGAGGAGAUGCAAAGGCACGAGACGGAGCGGAUGGAGAAGGACUCGGUGAUAGCGGGAUUGCGGAGGCAGUUAAGUGAGGGAAAGCGGAAGUAUGAGUAUGAGAUGAGGAAGGCGGAGAAAAGUACGGAAAUCAAACACAUGGAGCGGACGGAAAGCACGGACAUUCCAUUACCGGAGAGAAGCCACCGCCGGGAUGUGACUGCGGAGUCUGUUGAGCUGGUUGAAUCUGCUAAAGUUGGUGGAUCUGCUAAAGUUGGUGAAUCUUCUCAAUCUACUAGAAUUAAUGAAUCUCCUAAAAUUAUUGAACCUUCUGAAGUUAUUCAAUCUACUGAAGUUAUUCAACCUGGUGAAGUUAUUCAACCUGGUGAAGUUAUUCAACCUGCCAAAAUUAUUCAACCUGCCAAGUCUGAUGUUUCUGGAUCGGCUGAGUCUACUGAAUCUACGCAAUCGAUAACUUCGUCACAGUAUGCAGUCGAAACACCAAACAGGCCAGUUUCGCGGUCUACAACUAUGAAUAUGAGUCGGCCCGAGUCGACCGUCGUCGAAAGUCCGACGAGACCAAGAUUGUCGAAGGUGGAUGUUGAUCUUCGGUUUUACCACCAUGAUGAUACCUCUGAAAAUGUGGCAGGCGGGGAUAAUUUCGACUUUAAUGCCGGUUCGGCAGCCUCCCGGAGUCCCGAGAGUAGGAAGAUGCCUGAUGUGAGUUCCAGAAAGCCGGUUCCAGCUGAAAUUCCGCAAAAUGUUGGUUCAGGUGCGGAAAUGCCGGUAUCCACUCCAAAAAACGAAGAUGUUGGCUUUGAAAGCGGACCGGACCGGAGAAAUGCCGAUGCCUCACCUUCUCCGAUGCGUACACUUCAGUCAUCUGCAGCGGCAUCGGUAAAACUUACCACCGUUCAGAAGGCAAUUGCAUCUUUGAGCCCGGAAAGAGGCGUAUCGUCGCAAAGUGAAUUUCUUCAGCCGACGCCGAGGGCACCAAACGUUUCUCCGCCGGUCGCCCCGGCGGGGUUUUCCAUAUCUCCGCCUUCGUCUCCUGUGUUGAGGGCACCUGGCCGGGCGGACUUGCGUUAUGGCGGAGAUUCGAGCGACGAGGACCGCGGAUAUUCGUCCGGAAGGUCCGUUUCUCCGCCUAGAAAGUCCGCCUCGGACAAUUCGGGCCGCACAAGUCCACGCAGGAGGUCGAAAUCGCCUCAAAGGACACUUUUCAACUUGAGGAGAAAAGCUUCAACGUUGAUUUCCGGGCGGCAUCUCCGCACGAAAUCGUCUGAAAGCGGGAAUUCGCACGGUGGAGUUCUGGUGCGGCCAGAGUCAAAAGGCGGAGUUUCGAUGUCCCCCUCUGCCUCCGUCUCUCGACUAUCAAUGGCAAGUACUUCGUCCGCAGGUUCGCAGACCCAGUAUGACUAUCUGCUUAACUCUAUAGACACAACGGUGAUAUCAGUGUAUUCGAUUGUGGAUCCGGCGGCACUGGAAAAUCCGGCAUCUGGAGACUUCACAAUUCAGUUCAUGGUGAAUUCCAGCGAGCGGAGCGGGCAGUUGAUCCCGCUAUACAUGGUGAAAAGGCGGUACUCGGAGCUUUUGUCGAUGGACGCGGACAUUAGGCACACGUCGUUUGUGAACCUUCCAAAGUUGCCCGACCCAAAGCACUUCUUGGAAGUGGAUCCGACAAACUGGGAUACCCAGAAGACAAUCAUCCGGAUGUACAUUGCGGAGUUGUGCAGGGUGAUGCGGCAGAGCAAGGGCACCUCGAUCUGGAAGCUGUUUACGGGAUACUUCAACCCGGAUGAGGACUAUGACAUGUCGAAACGGGAAGGACACUUUGUUCUGGUCGGAAACAAGGGUCUCAAGAGGUCUUUCCGCAUCGUCCGGCUUGUUUUUGACACCAUCGAGCAACUCGUGAGCAUCCAGCCCGACCUCGGCCGCCCGCCCGAGGUGUUUGGUGUUGCCGAGACCGAUAUUUCGCGAGAUGGGCAAGUGCUUACGAUCACAAGACACCAAAAACGGACCUUCAAGUCCAACCACCGCUGGAUCUUGUACUGCGAGUCGGUCCAGGAUGCUGAUGAGUGGUGCAAGGUGCUUGGCAGGCCUCCAGAUGGCGCAAAUGCUGGUUCCAAAGCCGAUAUUCGCACGAUUCCGGAGAUCCCGGAGGAAAUCCCAGCGGAAAAAGCGGAACUUCAGCGGUCGCCACCCCAAAAAAGAGCCAGUACCGACAGCUCGAAGUGGUUUGGCCUUCAUAUAGGGCGGGAUGGGCUUCAUCUGGCACAUAGUGGAUCUGCAAGUUCGACACCUUCGAUGUCAGGCACUCUUUUUUCGGGCUCGGCGUCUAACUCGGGGCUUAACGACGCAAAUUCCGCCGUCGGCAGCCCUUCAGCCAGCGUCAAAGGCCGGAGUCUGUUUGCCAAGAGUGCCGACAGUCUUUCCACCAAGGUUAACGGCAGUAUUGAUGGAAACGGCAGCCAGAGAGGCUCCAUUUUGGACUUUAAGGUGAUUCCGUACGAAGCCACAACGCAGAAGCUGUCGCGAAGAGAGCAGAGGAGGCAGAAGAAACUGGAAAAGAUGCAGCAGAUGCAGCAAAGGCAGGCGGACCGACCCCAGCAGCGCAAACAGCAACGUCAAAGAUUGCACUUGAGUCUAGGGUUGACCGAUCAGAGUGUAAGUGGCUCAUCGACGUCGAUUGGCUCGCUCCACACACCAAUAAGAUCAUCUUUCACAACUCCAAACUCUCCUUACUCGGUUGACUCUCUGAGAAGCUCGCCAGGCGUGUUCAAGCAGCUCGAUGAGGGGAAAAAGUACUUUGGAUUGAAUCUACAGGAGUCCUAUGACAGGUGUCCAAAAUUCGCCAUAGCCGGGAGACCCGUCCCGUCGAUCGUCUACAGAAGUAUCAGCUACCUGGACAGCAAGAAUGCCAUUUUCAAUGAGGGAAUCUUCAGGUUGAACGGCAUGAUGUCCGAAGUUAACAAAAUUCAGCGGGUGUUUAACGAGGAGGCAGACUGCGAUUUGGCUGCACUGCCUUCCCAGCCGGAUGUCCACUCGAUUGCAACUCUUUUGAAGAGAUAUCUCCGGACUUUGCAGGUCACCAUUAUUCCUGAAGACGAGGCAAAGCAGCUAAUGACGCUAACUAUGUCAUCGCGGGAAUCCGAUCCUGCUCCUGACUUCAAACGCGUUCUUGUGUCUUUGCCAAAGCUCAAUUUUGAUGUUCUCUACGUGCUUUUCCGGUAUUUCCGCGAGGUUCUCAAGUUUAAAGAGCUGAAUAAGAUGAGCGUUGGGGCCAUAAGCGUUCUUAUGGCGCCUAAUUUGACUCCCUUUGAUGGUGCAAAGGAGAUCUGCGCAGAGAUCCUUAUUAACUACUCUUACUAUUUCGAAAAUGGUCAGAUUCUUUCUCCGGAGGAGAGGAAUGCGGUUUAG